GAAAGGCCAGAUCAUAUGUUCCAACAUGGUGCACUAUACUCCAACAGAGCCUCCAGGGACAGUCAUCCGAGCUGUGCCCCUUGCAUUAAACAUCCAGUGCCUAUACAAUAGAUAUCAUUAUUCCUACAAAAUGGGCUUCCUGCCUGUGGCAAGGGAGCGCAUGCUUCACAAGAUUUUUGAAAACAGGGCCAUGUUUAGUCUUUUUGUGUGCAAUGAACACUGGGAAAGACUUGAGGGAAAUGGGAGUUUUGUGCUUGGGAAGCCCAUGUAUUUUGAAGCCAGUGCUGCUUAUAUAUCUGAGGACGAAAGGAUUUUUGUUGACUCCUGCUAUGCAACCGCAUCAAGAGACCCAAAAUCAACUCCACAACACAAAGUUAUUGGUAAUUAUGG